GUUCGCACAGGCAGUGCAGCUUGUACGGGCACCGAAGUUCUUACCCAUCCUGAUGGUAUUGAACAAAAGGAAAAUCGAGUGCAAGAAAAAUCCAAUGAAAGCGCACCGCACAACGGCGGGGGUGAACUGCAAGACGCUGUGACAGAAGAAGUAGUAGACGACAAGCAAAAUAGUAUAAGAAUUUCUAUCGUAGAAGGAGCCGAAGUGGAUGGGGGACGUGGCGC